UUGAAAUGUGAGAAAUCUCCACAUGUACUACUUCACACUUGAGCUCAGCACACUCACCCCCUCUCUCACUCACUUUGCAAAAAUAGCCACCGUAGCCAAAUCUCCACCAUUUUCUUCCUCCUUAACAAUGGCUACUACUCCAUUUUCUCUACAUUUCUUCUUUCUAUUUCUCUUUUGCCCAUUUUUCGUAUCCUUUGCCCAAAAAAAACCAGAAAUUCAAGCUCUUGAAUCGUUCAAACUUAAUAUUCAUGACCCAAUUGGAGCACUUAACAACUGGGAUUCUAAAUCUCUUUCUGCUCCAUGUGAUUGGCGUGGAAUUGUUUGUUUAAACGGCAGCGUUAGUGAACUUCGUUUGCCACGUUUACAGUUGAGUGGUCCACUCACUGCAGAAAUUGCUAACCUGCGCAUGUUGCGUAAGCUUAGCCUCCGUUCCAAUUUCUUCAAUGGUACUAUCCCUGCUUCACUCUCUAAAUGCACAUUACUUGAUACUGUUUAUUUACAGUACAACUCGUUUUCCGGUGAGAUUCCGCCGGAGAUCUCGAAGCUGAAACAACUUUUUACUUUUAAUGUCGCCGGAAAUCAGUUGUACGGUGAAAUCCCCGGCGAGUUGCCGGCCAGUCUCCGGUACUUUGAUAUCUCAGAAAAUUCGCUCUCCGGUAGCAUACCGGAGAAAAUAUCGGAACUGUCUCAGCUUACUCUGUUUAAUAUUUCUUACAAUCAAUUCUCAGGAGGAAUUCCGGCGAGUUUUGGUUUGCUUCAACAGCUUCAGUAUAUUUUACUUGAUUAUAAUAAAUUAGAAGGAACAUUGCCUUCUGCAAUUGCUAACUGUUCAUUUUUAGUGCAUUUGAGUGCUGAAGGCAAUAGUAUUAGUGGUAUUAUACCUGCGGCAAUUGCUGCUCUUCCGAAGAUUAAUGUGAUUAAUUUAUCGCAUAAUAACCUUUCUGGAUUUUUACCAUAUUCAAUGUUCUGCAAUGGUUCUGUAAAUCCUCCGUCCCUUAGGAUUAUUCAAUUGAAUCACAAUGCUUUUACGGAGAUUUUGCAGCCACAGUUGUCAACUUGUGUUAGUUUUUUGCAAGUUUUGGAUCUUCAACAGAAUCAGAUAGACGGAAUUUUUCCAACUUUCUUGACAGACAAUUCUACAUUGAGGUCUCUGGACUUGUCAGGGAAUUUGUUUUCAGGUAAAAUCCCCGGUUCUAUUGGGAAUUUGUUGAGAUUGGAGCAAUUGAGAAUGGCGAAUAAUUCGUUUGAGGGUGAUAUACCCAUUGGAAUCACGAAAUGUAGUGGUUUGACGGUUCUUGAUCUUGAAGGGAACCGAUUGAUAGGGGAAAUUCCGGGCUUUUUAGGUGAUCUUAGAAGCUUGAAGAUUUUGUCACUUGGAAGAAAUCAGUUUUCGGGUUUAAUUCCUUCUAGUUUUGGCAAUAUCACUAGUCUUGAAAGUCUGAAUUUGGAAGGGAAUCGCCUUACGGGAAGCUUGCCUGAGGAGUUAAUGCUUUUGAGCAAUUUAAGUAUACUAAAUCUUAGUGGAAACAAGCUUUCUGGUAGUAUUCCUGUUGGUAUUGGGAACUUUCAGCAGUUAUCAGUUCUGAAUUUGAGUAGAAAUGAAUUCUCAGGGAGUAUUCCGUCUACACUUGGAACUCUGUAUAAGCUAGUAGCUCUUGAUUUGAGUGGACAGAAUUUAUCGGGGGAAUUGCCAUCGGAUCUUGCAGGUUUACCUAAUUUACAAGUGAUUUCUUUGCAAGAAAACAAGUUGUCUGGGGAUGUUCCUGAAGGUUUUAGUAGCUUAAUGGGUUUGCAGUACUUGAAUCUAUCUUCCAAUUCAUUUUCGGGCCAUAUACCGUCUACGUUUGGCUUCUUGACCUCGUUAGUUGUUCUUUCGUUGUCUAACAAUAACAUAUCUGGUUCAGUUCCUCCCGACUUGGGUAAUUCCUCUGCUUUAGACGCUUUAAAUCUGCGGUCAAAUGCAUUGAUUGGCCAAAUUCCUUCUGAUCUUGCACGUCUCUCCCACUUGAGUGUGCUGGAUUUGGGUAGAAAUAACCUGACGGGUGAAAUUCCAGGAGUUAUUUCAAAUUGUUCAUCCCUCACGUCGCUUGUGCUGGACAUGAACCAUCUUUCCGGGAACAUACCAGCGUCACUGUCAAGCUUAUCAAGCUUAAAUACGCUUGACCUUUCUGGAAACAACCUGAAUGGAGAAAUCCCAGAAAAUCUUACAAUGCUCCUGGCCUUGGUGAACUUCAAUGUGUCGAACAAUAAAUUGGAAGGCCAGAUACCAACGACGCUCGGCUCUCGUUUUAAUGACCCAUUGGAUUACACUGGCAACCAGGGUUUGUGCGGGGAGCCAUUGGACAGAAAAUGUGAGAGAUCUAGUAAUGGUAGGAAUAGAUUGAUUAUGUUUAUUGCAGUGGCUGCAAGUGGAGGUCUUCUCCUUGCAUCAUGCUGCUGCUUUUACAUAUACGCCCUGUUGAGGUGGCGCAGGAAGCUCAAAGAAAAGGCAGCUGGAGAGAAGAAGCAUAGCCCUGCAAGGGUUAGUUCAAGAUCCAGUCGCAGUCGUGGCAGUGGCGUCAAUGGUGGACCAAAACUUGUUAUGUUCAAUAACAAAAUCACAGUCGCUGAAACAAUCGAAGCAACAAGGGAAUUUGAUGAGGAAAACGUGCUAAGCAGAACACGCCACGGAGUGCUAUUCAAGGCUUGUUACAAUGAUGGAAUGCUGCUCUCGAUUUGUAGACUACCAGAUGGAUCACUAGAUGAGAACAAGUUCAGAAAAGAGGCCGAAUCACUUGGCAGAUUGAAGCACAGAAACCUAACUGUUCUCCGCGGGUACUAUGCUGGUCCUCCAGACCUUAGACUACUUGCAUAUGAUUACAUGCCAAAUGGAAACCUUGCGACACUACUUCAAGAAGCAUCCCACCAAGAUGGUCAUGUCCUCAAUUGGCCAAUGCGACACCUCAUUGCACUUGGCAUUGCUCGCGCAUUGGCUUUCCUCCACGCAUCCUCUAUUGUUCAUGGAGAUGUUAAACCACAAAAUGUCCUAUUCGAUGCAGACUUUGAAGCCCAUCUUUCAGAUUUCGGCUUAGACAAGCUUACAGUAGCAACAUCAGCCGAGCCUUCCACUUCAACAUCAGUUGGGACUAUAGGAUACGUAGCGCCAGAAACAGCAUUAACAGGAGAAGCCACGAGACAGUCAGAUGUUUAUAGCUUUGGCAUUGUAUUACUGGAACUACUAACAGGAAAAAGGCCAUUAAUGUUCACUCAAGAUGAGGACAUUGUGAAAUGGGUAAAGAGGCAAUUGCAGAGAGGGCAAAUAUCAGAACUGUUAGAGCCAGGUUUGCUUGAGUUGGACCCAGAAUCAUCAGAAUGGGAGGAGUUCUUGUUAGGAAUAAAAGUAGGUUUGCUUUGCACAGCACCGGACCCCCUUGAUCGACCCACCAUGACCGACGUUGUGUUCAUGCUUGAAGGUUGUCGUGUCGGCCCCAAUAUAUCUUCUGCCGAUCCCACUGAUCAAAUUUCACUCGCCUGAAGAACCUAGGCAUGCAAUGGUAACCCGUAAAAUCCAAGGUUUCAUUCUAAUUCUUUACCUUUUUUAUUGGCUCUGUUAAUAUUUGUGGAAUUUGGAUUACAUUGUAACAGUAGCGAGCACCAGCUUUUCAAUUUUUAUUCUCAAAUUUUGUAGCUGUAGCCAUUUUAUUGAUUCUGUUUUCUAUUACAAAGGUCCUUUUGAGCCAAAAAGAUGAA